AUGGACAGCGGAGAAGAGUUGCGAGUGAAAGCAUCCCCUUACUGUUGGUCCACACACGAUGGAGGCAACAUGACGGCGUCCCGCCUGGCUAGGCGCAGCAAGAACCGCAGCCUGAGCGCUUCCUCAGCCAGCAGUUCAUCUGAAUACAGGAGGACCCAAUCGCUACACGGACCAAGUCCAGUGACUACAUUUGGACCAAAGGCAUGCAUGCUACAGAAUCCACAUGCGGUCAUGCACAUCCAGGACCCUGCCACCCAGCGACUGACGUGGAACACGCCCCCCAAGAGUGUUCUGGUCAUCAAGAAGAUUCGAGACGCCACCUUGCUGGAACCUUUCAAGGAACUCUGCAUGUUCCUCACAGAGGUCAAAAAUAUGAUCGUUUAUGUGGAAAAGAAGGUUCUGGAGGACCCAGCCAUUUCUUGUGAUGACAACUUCGGAACCCUUACAAAGAAAUUCUGCACUUUCAGAGAAGAUCUUGAUGACAUUUCCAACCGCGUGGACUUCAUCAUUUGUCUUGGUGGAGAUGGAACUUUGCUCUAUGCGUCGUCACUCUUCCAGGAAAGCGUUCCGCCAGUGAUGGCCUUCCAUCUGGGAUCUCUAGGCUUCCUGACGCCUUUCAAAUUUGACACCUUUCAGUCUCAGCUCACUCAAAUCAUUGAAGGAAAUGCCGCCAUAGUGCUGCGCAGCCGCUUGAAAGUGCGUGUGAACUGGGAGAGGGAAAAGGGCGUCAUUCUGACCAACGGUGAGGUGGACAGUAGCCACAAAGCCGCCAACUAUCAGGUGCUGAACGAGGUGGUGGUGGACAGAGGGCCCUCCUCCUACCUCUCCAACGUGGACCUCUUCCUGGACGGACACCUCAUCACCACGGUGCAGGGAGAUGGUGUGAUUGUGUCCACGCCGACAGGCAGUACAGCGUAUGCAGUUGCCGCGGGAGCAUCCAUGAUACACCCCAACGUGCCAGCCAUCAUGAUCACUCCUAUCUGCCCUCACUCACUCUCCUUCAGACCCAUCGUAGUGCCCGCCGGAGUGGAGUUGAAGAUAAUGCUGUCACGUGAAGCCCGAAACACGGCAUGGGUGUCGUUUGACGGAAGACGUCGGCAGGAAAUCUGUCACGGCGACAGUAUCACCAUCACCACUUCCUGCUUCCCCGUUCCUUGUAUCUGCUUCCGCAACCCGGUCAACGACUGGUUCGAGAGUCUGGCCGAGUGUUUACACUGGAACGUGAGGAAGAAGCAGAACUACCUCAGCUCGGAGGACGACGACUUCUGA